CGAGCCGCCGCCCCCACCCCCCCCCCGCGCCCGGACUCCGACGCGUGGCCGUGGAGCCUCCUAGGGAACUUCCGUCCACCUGUCUCAGAGAGGAUCCGUCCUCACUAGCCAACCAGGAUGGGGGAGUUCAACGAGAAGACCACGUGUGGCACCGUCUGCCUCAAGUACCUGCUGUUUGUCUUCAACUGCUGCUUCUGGCUGGCUGGUCUGGCCGUCAUGGCGGUGGGCAUCUGGACGCUGGCCCUCAAGAGUGACUACAUCAGCUUGCUGGCCUCGGGCACCUACCUGGCCACAGCCUACAUCCUGGUGGUGGCUGGCGUAGUUGUCAUGGUGACCGGCGUUCUGGGCUGCUGCGCUACCUUCAAGGAACGGCGGAACCUGCUGCGCCUGUACUUCAUCCUUCUCCUCCUCAUCUUUCUGCUGGAGGUCAUCGCUGGCAUCCUGGCCUACAUCUACUACCAGCAGCUGAACACAGAGCUCAAGGAACACCUGAAGGACACCAUGACCAAGCGGUACCACCAGCCAGGACACGAGGGUGUGACCAGUGCGGUGGACAAGCUGCAGCAGGAGUUCCGCUGCUGUGGCAGCAACAACUCCCAUGACUGGAGGGACAGCGAGUGGAUCCGCUCCGGCCAGGCGGGUGGCCGCGUGGUUCCCGACAGCUGCUGCAAGACUGUGGUGACCGGCUGCGGGCAGCGGGACCACGCCUCCAACAUCUACAAGGUGGAGGGUGGCUGCAUCACCAAGCUGGAGACCUUCAUCCAGGAGCACCUGAGGAUCAUCGGGGCGGUGGGCGUUGGCAUCGCCUGUGUGCAGCUCUUCGGCAUGAUCUUCACGUGCUGCCUAUACAAGAGCCUGAAGCUGGAACACUACUGACCCUGCCGGGCGCCCCGCGAGUGCCGCAGCUUUGCCGCCUGACUACUGAGCUGACACUACUGAUGGCCCCAGGGCCAGAGUCCCAGGACGCUGCUCCGUACCCUCUCCCCCGCUCUGCCAGGGAGGUGGCGUUCUCACGUGUGCACCCCCAUGCCGCCACCGUGACCUCUGGGGACCCCCUCCCUCAGAGGGAGCUUCAAGUGCCUUUCUCUCCAGACCAGAGGACUGAGGCGGGGCCCUCCGGCUGCGGGGAGGGAGGAAUACUCUGCCUGGUGUGGGGACACUGGCUUCUGACAGUCAGGUCCCUCUCUGCUUCUCCUGUGGGGCUGGGGCCCUGGGAGGGGGGGCCACCCCCCAUGCCUGUGCUCCGCCAGAGGGGCUGGUUUGGGGUGAACUGGGCAGAAAGGGGCUGGCCCCCCCAGGGUGCUCCUAGACCCCUGGACACACCUCUGCAUGGUGGUCAGGGCAUUGCCGGGUGGGGACAGCCGCAGGCAAAGAGUCCCAGAUGCACCUGCCGCUGGGUUGCCUAUCGCCACCCCUCCCACCCUCCAGCCCCGCUCAGGAAAGCCAAGCGAGCCCGGUCCUGUCCUGCAGGUCCUGUAUCUGCCCUCCCAGUCAGGCCUCUGCUGCCCGAGCCCCUGCUUGGAUUCCCCACCACUCCCCCCACUGAAAGGCCACAAGCUCACUUGUUCACGAUCACCUCCCCUUGGCAGAAGCAGGGGGUUGUGGGUUCACUCACUGCUGUAUCACAAAUGCCUAGAACUGCUGCUGCCAUGUGACAGGCACUCAAUAAAAGUUUGUGGACUGAG